AACCAGUAGCGUUGAUGUCUGUCCCUACACUGUGCUGCUUCCAACUUCUCGUAGAUAUAGAAAAAUCAACUGUUUUGCUUCACCGUUGUCCUGUUUUUUGUUCUUUCACCGUUUUUACGUCUUCAUAGACACCUGGCCUCAAACUAGCAUCACUCCACCCCUCACAAAGAAAUCGUUUGCUGGCCAACGAUGGAAACGGGAGGAGCAAAGGAGACGGCCGAAGAGUUGUGCGCUGACAGCGGCCAUCAAUUGCAAACGAUGUACGUCCAGGUGGAGCAACGUGCAACCUGCCCAGACAAGUCGAACGUAGCAGAACGAUGCGAUUCGCCGACUGCUACGGCUGGCCGCUACGUGGUCACAGUGAAGCUGGAAUGCCCCGAUUCUCAGGUCAUCACUCAAGCCUGGACGCUGGCCACGUCCGCUGGUUCGCUCAAAGAGCGUCUCUCGCGGAUGGUUGAACUGCCCGUCGCCACCCUACACCUGACUCACGCUGGUCGGGCCGUCCAGGAUCACGUGACGCUCGGAGAGCUGGGCGGACGGGUCAACGAGACCAUCUCUCUCUCGCUCCGAUCCGCCGAUCCCGUCUCUUUCCCCAUCCGCAUCAAGUCCAUCCGACCCGAAGAUCUCAUGCCUCUGCCAGACGUCAUCACCGUCCGCAUUCACGCCAAGAACGUUCCUGAUAGAGAUCUAGUGGUGGAAAUUGAAAAUCAAAGUGUUCGGCAAACGUUCCUCGGUGGUUGGCGCAAAAAGAAUAACGGACUGUGUUACUACCAUGCACAAACUCAAACGGAUUACACCGUCGGCCCAGGUGAUCGAAUCCGCAUCUUAACGCCAGAACCGAAGAGCAAAGAUUGCCAGGUGGCUACCAUACGCGACAAUCACACGCAGAGUUCGUCUAGCGUCUCGUGCCAAGUGCGGGCCUUCGACUGGAACUUGUCGUCACGAGAAGAUAAUCUCAACGCGACCAGCCGAUUCGUGACGGUCGAUGACGACGAAAAAUCGCGUCGAUUUAAACGUCGGAUGUCGGAAAGGGAUCAGGACAAUUCAUCGAGACCUCCUUCCGUGACCAGUUCUCUAUCGGAAUCGAUUGAAAAUGAUAAGCCAGCUAUUGAACCGGUCGAAGCGCUCAUCAUCCGCUUCGGCGAUGUCACCAUCGAGAAGAACCGCUUCAAUGACGUCGAAGAUCAAUUGGAUAAUCAUCGCAUCAUUUUCCACGAAAUUGAAAUGCUCAAUUCGACCAAGUCGUCGGCGGUCAAAGAUCGAAUACUUCGUCGUCUUUUGCAUAGGAUCUCGCAGCCGAAAGUGUGGAGAUCUUCGACGGGGGCCGUCGUUGAGGUAGACACAGUCGAAAUUGAAUAUCUACGUGAAAUGCGGCUCAUGUACGAAGCCGUUUGCAAUUCAACUCUGACUGAGGAUCGUGUUAGAGCGCUACAUCUUUUAAAACGAACACUUUGGAAGAAGAGCGGACCGUUGGUCAAGGAACUAUUGCAAUUGGCUGAUCGUGAAUUGGACCUGCUCGCCCGAGGGCUCAUGUCGUCUGCAUUGAGUGGACUCCAGUCGCGUCUUCGUGCGCUCUUGCGUCAUUUCAUCACUGACCAGCUUCCCCAACCGCCCUGCCUUUAACGACAUCGACCUGCAAUUUUUUGUUUUGGUCCUGUCUGGGCAAAACGAUCACUUCGUUGGAACAACGUUAACUAUGAAUUAAACUUUAAGUACCACGAGAAAAGGUACGUUUUUUUUUUAUUGACAAGGACAUUCAUUUUUCUUUUUGAAUUUGAUUGAACGAUGGCUGUUGUCAAAUGGUCGUUUGUCACCCGCACGCGUUGCAAAGCAAUCAAUAAAAAAGAAAAGGUGAC